UCUGCGACGCAGCCGCGCACGCGCGGACCGACGAUCUCUGGGUCACCGCCAUUGUUCGGGCGCUGCCGCCGCUUAAAGGGACGUCAACAUGUCGCACGGGAGUCCGGCCUCGGCUGCUGAGGGCAGCGAACGCCUCAGGAAAAAGCUGCCACCAUGCCGCUGGUCCGUUGGGAGAAAGCGCAGUGCAGAUGGCAAACUACGCAGGGUGGAUGAUUUGGAUUCCACUCUGUUUGAUGAUGAGCUCAAGGAAUGCACUGCAAACGCUCCUGGUUGGCUGGACGGUCGGAUCUCCAGUUUCACAACACCAGACAGUGAUGGACCAGUCCCCCGAUGUGCUUCUGCAGAUUGGGGCACAGCAGUAGAAGAUGAGGAGACAAGGCAAACUGUUUAUCGGGAUUUGAAGAGAUAUAAAAGACGACUCUUGCUAAAUGACUUUAACGACCAUGAGAGAGAUUAUUCAUCUGAAAGUUCCAGUGGCUCCAGAGAAUCAUUAGCACCAUCUGAACUUGAAACAGAUGAAGUGGUAUUGAUGAGAAGACAAAAGCAAAUCAACUAUGGAAAAAACACCAUUGCAUAUGAUCGAUUCAUUCGAGAAGUUCCUAAACAUCUUCGAAAGCCAGGUGUUCACCCCCGGACUCCAAACAAAUUUAAGAAGUUCAGUCGUAGAUCCUGGGAUCAGCAAAUUAGGUUAUGGAGAAUUGCACUUCAUGCCUGGGAUCCACCUGCAGAAGAAGGCAGUGAUUUACAAGCAGUGACAGAAUUUGAUUUUGACAUGGAAACAGAAUCUGUUAACAGCUCAAAUGGAAGUCGGACAAGUUUUCAUGACGAGAGAGGAUGUACACCCAGCAACACACGAGCACCAUCUCCUCAGGUAUCUGGCUCUACUUCAAUGACCAGAGAAUUUGUGUCUCAUACGGGCAAAGAAUUUGAUUUGCAAGCUUGUUUGGCUGAAACCGAUGAAGCUAAUUCUUGGUUAAACUAAUGGCUACUCUACUGAGAAACUUCGAACAAUUCUACAGAUAGUGUGGUGAUCUCAUGAACAUAACGUUUUUUUCCAUAAUAAAUACCACAUUAUGUAGACUUGUUGAUAAUGUCUAGUCCAGCAAAUUCAUUCCAUGUUGCUGCUUUUCAGCUACCAACAAAACAGUACCUGCUGUGAACAAAGCAGUUGGUAUCAUUUGCUCAUACUACAGUUCAUUCUUAAAUUUUGUGUUACUUGAGUUGAUUUGACUGUCUCACCUAAGUGCAGAUUUAUGGUGAGGGAAUUGCAGCACCGGAUAGUCAGUUGAACAUUCUGAAAGGCUUAAUAAACAACAAUGCUUUGCAACAAAGCUUGGUUGUUUCUGAAUCGCUCUCCUGUAUAGGGAAGAAGUGGUUGUGAAGGUUCAGCUGCAUGGGAUUAUGGACUCUUAUGCCUUAACUUAAGAAUGACAGUGGAUUUCUUAAGUGUUGAAGUUACUUUGUCUCUUGUUGUUAGAUUCCUCAAUUUAAUGUUUUCAGUGUUUAAUCUUAGAGCUAUCAAUCAGCUUGCUCAAUCAAACUUGAUUGCUGAUUACUUUUUACCAUUUUGAGAUUGUAUAGUUAAUACUUGGCAAUGUUUUGACUGAUGUCAAUUUAUACUGUUAAAUAGUGUUUCCACAGACCUGAUUUUGCCGUUUGGAACACUAUCAAAAACUCAAUCUUGUCUUUUUAUUUUGUGUUUUUAGCUAUUUGCUGUGCAUGUGGUAAAACUCCAAUUAAAUAUUCUUUUGAUUAUAAAUUGUUGAAUUCAGCAUUAUUUUUGUCCAGAUUUUUUAAAUCUGCAAUAAAACUUGGCUUAUUUGAAAUAGCAA